CUCAUCUGUGGAAACGUCAAACGUAUUGUACCAUGUCAGGAAGAGGCAAAGGAGGUAAGGGACUCGGUAAAGGAGGCGCCAAGCGCCAUCGCAAGGUUCUCCGUGAUAACAUCCAGGGUAUUACUAAGCCCGCCAUCCGCCGUCUGGCACGCCGCGGUGGCGUGAAGCGUAUUUCAGGCUUGAUCUACGAAGAGACCCGUGGUGUACUGAAGGUGUUCCUGGAGAAUGUCAUCCGUGAUGCCGUGACUUACACCGAACACGCUAAAAGAAAGACCGUGACCGCCAUGGACGUGGUCUACGCUCUGAAGCGCCAGGGACGUACUCUGUACGGCUUCGGCGGCUAAAACAUCAAGUACAAGCACCGAGGA